UUAUUUACCUUUAUGAGGUAAAACCUCGCCCGUCGCGUUUUACCAUCAUAUUACAGUUGAGGUACUCCAUAACAUCAUCGUCUCGUUGUAUGAGCGCACUAAAAAUAGUGUUUUUUCCCAAUAAUUUUGUACUGGUACCAUUAAAGCCAUAAUGUCUUUAUCAUUUGAACCAUUCAGUUUGGUGACAGAGUAUCUUAUAACUACGUUAAUCAUAGUUAAAAUAUCAUAAGUUUUAUGUACACAAAUUAAUGGUUUGUGAACACGUUGAAAUUAAUAAAUAAGAGAUUCGAUUAUGAUGUGAAUGAAGUGAACCAAUAAAAAUAUUGUUAUAAUGCAUUGAGAACAAAGAGAACACAGCGAACGAAAAGAACGAACGAAAAAAAAAAUGUUUCUUCGAGAAAAAAAGGAAGUUUGUUUGGUUGUUUGUGUGUUGGCGAUAGCAAGUUAUGUAAAUGGCAGUAGUUCCAACAGCAGUCUUAAUAGAUUGAUACAUCAAAGGAAUACCAUAAUGGCCUUAUUUAGUCCAGCUCCAAAGACUCCAGGUCCAUGUCGUUACUUACAGGCAACACGACGCCAGAAUCAUCAAUGUCGCAAAGAUUUCGGACUACCCGAAGCUAUCAAAGAAGCCAGACGACUUGCGGUAACACAUUGUGAGCAACAAUUUCGCUAUGAUCGAUGGAACUGUAGCAUUGAAUCACGAGGAAAGAGAAAUAUUUUCCAUAAGGUAUAUCGCGAAACGGCGUUCAUUCAUAGCAUCGUUGCAGCAGCGUUAACAUACUCAAUAGCCAGGGCCUGUUCCGAAGGUAAAAUGACAAAGUGUCACUGUGGCAAAGAGAAAUAUCCACCCAAUGUUAAGACAUCAUGGAUGUGGGGUGGUUGCAGCGAUAAUGGGAAACAUGGUAAGCGAAUGGCAAAACGAUUUUUGGAUUUACAUCCGAGUGAUGGCGAUCAAGUUUCAGAAAUAUUGCGACACAACAGUGAGGUUGGUAUAUUAUCAGCCAUAUCGACAAUAAACGAAAAAUGUAAGUGCCAUGGAGUGUCUGGAUCUUGUUCGAUGAAAACAUGUUGGAGAAAAUUGGCCGACUUUAAUACGACAGCAUCCCUGCUUAAGGUUAAAUAUCACGAGGCAAUUCGAAAGUUUCCGAGUAACAAAUCGUCACGACGCUCUGUUCCCGACUGGUAUUUCAAAAAUAAGGAACCUACAUCCUCGCAAUCUACAUCUUUGUUUUACUUGGAAACAUCUCCAACGUUCUGUGCAGUCACAAAGGGAAGAAACUGUCAGCAUCCGGAAAAUUGUGCGAUGUUAUGUUGUGGACGAGGAUACUCGACGCAUUUGGUACAAAAACGAGAACAAUGUCGAUGUCGAUUCGAAAGGGGGCAAUGUUGUCACGUUAUAUGCGAUUAUUGCGAGAGCAAGCAAGAAAGAUAUUUUUGUAAAUAAGUUAACUGUGUCAUGUACGAGCUUACUAAAGUUUUAAAGGAUAGACUUAGGUACGGUCAGUAACAAAAUAGUUGUCUAUGCAACAAGUAAUAAAAAUUGAAAUCUCAUUUCGAGUGUGAGUGGAUAGAAUUAGACUCAAGAAAUGGAAUUUUUACUUUUAUCACGAGUUGCUACAAAAUUGUUCACAACAUAGGUAUCGAAGUCAGUAUAGGACUAUUCGAUACUAAGUUGUGAAACGUUUGUUCAGUUUUUAACACAUAAUUGGAGAUGUUCGCAUACAAACAUUUUUGAACAAUAAAUAUUUAUAUGUUAGUUUAUGCCCCA